AUGUCCAACCUCCUGCAAGGACAUGAGGCCAGUCCCUCUUGUCCUGUCCUUUGUUCCCUGGGAGCAGAGCCUGACCCUCACAUGACUACAUCCUCCUACCAGAGGGUUGUGGAAAGCAAGAAAGUCCCCUCGGGCCUCCUUUUCUCCAGGCUGAGUCCUUCCAGUUCCCUCAGCUGUUUCUUGUGCUCCAGACCCUUCCACAGUUCCAUUCUCUUUUCUAGACAUACUCCUGCCCCACAAUGUCUUUUUCGUAGAGAAGCACCAAGAACUGACUCCAGGACUAGAGGUGCCUCACCACAGCUGGGCGGUCACUGCCCUGGUUCCACUGGCCACGCUGUGGCUGGUACAGCUCACGUGCUAUUGGCCUCCUUGCCCAUCUGGGCACAACUGAGCUCAUGUUCAGCCGGCGUGUGCCCGGGGGGGCAGGGAGAUGAACGGGCAAGCCUUCCCAGCCGAGCAGCGGUCUACGCUGGGGAGUCCGAGCUGGAUGGAACUACGGACGCCACCCGGAUACCACAGACACGGUCUGGACGCACCACACAUAUCCCAGACAUCCCGGACAACCUCACCCCCACCUCCCGCCCGUCUCGCCUUUCGUCGGCGUUUCCACUUCCGUCGCCAUUUCCGCUUCCUGCAGUGGUAGUCGCAAUGUCGGCGCUGGCAGCGAAUCCCAACAACCCCGUGGUUUUCUUCGAUGUAACCAUCGGCGGGCAGGAGGUCGGUCGCAUGAAGAUCGAGCUGUUCGCAGAUGUUGUACCCAAAACAGCAGAGAACUUCAGGAAAGAUGGUGUCCCUAUAGGUUAUAAAGGAAGCACUUUCCACAGGGUAAUAAAGGAUUUCAUGAUCCAAGGAGGUGACUUCGUAAAUGGAGACGGCACUGGUGUAGCCAGUAUAUAUAGAGGUCCUUUUGCAGAUGAAAACUUCAAGCUGAAACAUUCUGCUCCUGGCCUGCUUUCUAUGGCAAACAGUGGUCCGAGUACCAAUGGCUGCCAGUUCUUCAUCACGUGCUCCAAGUGUGACUGGUUGGAUGGGAAACAUGUUGUGUUUGGUAAAAUUGUCGAUGGGCUGUUGGUCAUGAGAAAAAUUGAAAACGUGCCUACGGGUCCCAAUAACAAACCCAAGUUGCCAGUUGUGAUCUCUCAGUGUGGAGAAAUGUGAAGCGAUGAAAAAGCAGUGUGUGUUCCUUUCCUGGUGAUUAGACCUGUGCUGGCUCUGUGCAAUUCCAAUUCCAGCCAGCCCACCUACUGCCCCAGACUUCUCCACAGGUCAGAUCCAUCCUCUUGAGGUUCUUCUGAAAUUAUUUAAUAAUGGGCAUCUUUUUUUUUUUUUUUCCCACUUUGAAAUGUAAAUAAAGAAUUUUUUUAAAACGUGUAAA